AUGGAGAACUCAUCCACACUGCAGGAAAACGCAACCCACGCACUGACCAUCCGCAGCAGGUUAUCAGAGUCCAUCCUAUGGACUUUCAUUCUCUCAACCAUCCUCGGCUUCAGUUUUUUCCUUUGCUUUGUUACGUUAGUUCUAAACGUCUUCUUCAAGACCCCGAUUCUACGGGAGAACGCUCGAUAUGUCCUCUUUGUCUUCUUGCUCCUCAAUGACACGUUGUAUCUUUUUAUAGGGUUUUGUUUGAUGGUGGCUUCUAUAUAUUUAUUACACAGUCCUGUGCCACUUUGCUACAUUUUAUAUGCAUUCUCUUCCAGUGCAUUCAAAGUCACCCCCUAUAACCUGGCGGCCAUGGCUUUGGAACAAUACGUCGCUAUUUGUCACCCAUUACGACAUAAACAGCUUUGCACAACCCAAAGAGCUAAUGUCGUGUUCACCACGAUAUGCUUCCUGGCCAUGAUUCCAUGUGCAGCCGAUUUGUAUCUCAUGGCCUCGUCGAAAACAGGUAUGUUCAGUCUUUAUGUUAUAUGCCGGCAAGAAAACUUGGUGUUCAACCCAAUUCAGAAUGUCCUACGGUCCAUAACCCUCAUUGUGUGUUUCACAUCAGUUGCAAUAGUCAUCAUAUCCACCUAUGUCAAGAUCAUGCAGGUGGCCAAGAGACUGAGCCCAUUGUCUUCUUCUGCAUCUAAAGCCGGGAAAACUGUUAUGAUCCACGCCUUUCAGCUACUAUUGUGCACCAGUUCCUUAUUGUCCAUACUUACCCAAGAGUUUCCUAUCGCAUGGCCGGAGUUCUUCCCCACAAUCCAUUUCUUCUUCUUCACCUGUGUGCCCAGGUUCCUCAGCCCCUUAAUCUAUGGAAUCCGAGAUGAACUCUUAAGUCGAUAUAUAAAAAAGUCUUUAUCCAGAUACAUUAGUUAA